AUGCCAUUAGCUGCUCUUACACCUGUCUUAAAUGAUUUACUACAUAAAGGAGGUGGUAAUCCAUCUUCUAAUCCACAGAAUCAAACUCAACAACAAUUACCAAAUGCAAAUGAUUCAUCAAGUGCUAGUGAAUACCUUUCUAAAGCACCUCUUCUUGGUCAAUCAACUAGUGUUACCAAUCCACUAUCGUUAUCAUCGAUCGAUGACAAUCCUCAUCCAUUUACAACAACUAAGUUCAAAACAAGUGAAACUUCUUUAAAACGAGAAGAUUCAUUUUUACGAAGGUUUUCUACUCGUUAUGGUUAUCGAGGUUUGGGAACUAUUGAGCCAGCAAAACGAAAUCUUCGAAUAAAUAUUGAAAAAGAUGAACCAAUUAAAAGUCGUUAUUCAUGUGUUCGACGAAUUGUUCGUUCAUGUAAUUACUUUGUUAUAUCAACAGAUGAAUCAUUUUUAUUUUAUUGGUUAAUUGUAUUAAAUAUCUUUGUAUUGUAUAACCUUUGGUUUGCUAUUGCACGUCAAUCAUUUGAACCGCUGCAAAGAGAUUAUGCACAAAUAUGGGAAAUAAUUGAUUAUUUAGCUGAUGCAAUUUAUUUUCUUGAUAUUGCUAUUCAAUUUCGAACCGGUUAUCUUGAACAAGGUUUACUUGUUUAUAAUCAUUAUAAAUUAGCAAUGAAUUAUGUCCAUUCAUCUCGUUUUAUUUUUGAUAUUAUUUCAUUAACACCAUUGGAUUUAUUACAAAUAAAAUUUGGUUCAAUUCCAAUUCUUCGUUUUCCACGUUUCUUUAAAGUAUAUCGAACAUUUCAAUUAUAUUAUUUACAAGAAUCACGUACUGUUUAUCCGAAUACAUAUCGUGUUCUAAAUCUUCUUCAUAUACUUCUUUUACUUGGACAUUGGUUAGCUUCAUUUUAUUUUAUGGUAUCGAAAGCUGAAGGUUUUGUUGGGUAUUGGUCAUAUCCAAAACCUGUUGGAAAUUUUUCUCAAUUAGCUAAAAUGUAUCUUCGUUGUCUUUAUUGGUCAACAUUAACAUUAACAACAAUUGGAGAUUUACCACCACCAGAAACUAAUUGGCAGUGA